AUAAAAAGCAAAUCUGUCGUUUUCAUAAUCAUUGCUGUACCAGAAAGACAGUAGAAAAAUCAUUACGCACGCCUUAUAGGACUUAAUUCAGGACUGGUUUAUUAACCUACUUUACUGCACUUUUUAUUUUGCAGUCUGUGUAUUUUAUAUCGUAUACAGGUUUGCUGCAGAUUUCUAUCUUUUCACAAUUAGUUUUUCGUGGUUUGGCCUAAUUUCUAUUCAAUCAUGGAUUGCGCCGAGGUGGAACUACGAGAUGACAUUCUUCGUCUUGAGAGAAACUUCAAGAAAAUAAAUGUCGACUCUCAGUCAUUCGAUUCUGCUUACUGUAGCAAUUAUUCUGCAUCUUCAAGCGGUUCGGUGGACAUAGAAGAAAGACCAUCAUCGGGGAAUUCAUGUAACGAAUUCCCCAAGUCUGACUUGGCUGCUAUCCCUGAGACUGGCGACUGUAAAGAAUUUAUCCAGGCCUCAGUUUGUAAACCAACAUCUGAAGCUAAACCACCUUCAUCAAUAUCAACAUCAUCUACUAUUAUCGCUCAUGAUGAACAGGACGAUGGAUUUUUUACUCAGUCUAACGUUGAUGACUUAUAUAAUCAAGAUGAAGACGGAGAUUCAGUUUUGCACAUGGCUAUUAUUGAAUGUGACGCCAAUCUAGCAGAAUACUACAUAAUAAAUGUCAGAAUGUCGUCUUGCAGUUAUUUACUUGACUUACAGAACAACCUUUUCCAGACACCCCUCCACUUGGCUGUUGUUACUAAACAGUAUAAUAUCGUUGAUCUAUUGGUCAGAAAUGGAGCGUCGGUCGAUAUUAGAGACAAUAAUGGCAAUACUCCCUUACAUGUAGCUUGUCGGGAUGGAGACUUUGAAUGUGUUAAAAUGUUGCUUGGUGCCAAGAAUAUUAAAAAGUCACUGAAUAUGCUUAAUUAUGACGGUUUGACAAGUCUUCAUCUUGCUGCUCUCCGUAAACCAUAUCCUACUGUCAGUAUUUUGCUUUAUGCUGGUGCCAAUAUCAAUACACAGGAUGGAAAAAGUGGUCGAACUAUUCUUCAUUAUGCUGUUGAAUCAAAUGAUAAAAUUUUAGUCUAUCAACUCUUCAAGUACCCAGAACUAAAUAUUAAUGCUGUAACAUUUGGUGGUGUGACAGCAUAUUGCCUUGCUGAUGAUCAAAACAAUGAAUUGAUGAAAAACAUAUUGAGAACAAAUGGUGCUUCUUUAUUUCAUAGAGACAGCAGUUCAGAGGACUCAGAUGACGAAAUGUUCUUAUCUGGUGAUGUACAUAUGGACUAUCAGCCUUCAUAAUGGAUACCGUCUUGUGUGUGCUAAGAAUAAACUAUUCCAAUCUACGAUGAUGCCGCCACAAGAAGCUGUUGGAGACUUACAGGCAUCAAAGGGUUACUUCCAUGAAGUCUGCCACCUUAGAUGAACAUAAUCAUAAAUGAUGCUGAAGCAAAGGUUGAAAGCCCUGCUGAAGGAUGUGCAGAAGUAGUAAAACUCAUGGAGACAAACUUGCACACAAUCUCAUUUAUUCAAACUCGUGUACAGCACCAUAUUAUGGAACUUGUAUGGAAUCAUUGGUUGUGGUUGUGUGUGUGUGUGUGUGUGUGUGUUACACCAAAAUAAGGCACUGCUGAGUGGUAACUUUGGACCAAUUUUUCACUCAGCUUCUCUUGAAGCUGAAUAAAAUGACUGAGGUACAGAAAAAUGGAAGUUUUCUUUCCUUGUAAGAACAUUUUGGCAAAUAUAGUUUCGAUUCCAUCAAAUUUUGGACAAUUUGAUAUUUGCCAUGAACACCCAGUUUCUUUGGAGCUUUUAAACUUGCCAAAGAAGUGUUCUUUCAAGGAUGUUAUUUAUUUAUUUAUUUGUAUAGUAAAAUAAAUUAUUUUUAUAAUGAA